AUGGGGCAACAGAUAUCUUUAUCUGAUUUUAAAAUAUCUGAUUUAUUGGCAACGAAUAAUCAACAAUCGAAUGAGGUAUUAUCUGCGAAUGAAACAGACGAUAUUCAUUUAUUUUUACCAUUUGAUAUUAUCAAUGAAAUCAAUAAAAAUUUCACUUCGUUACCUAAUCAGAAGAUUUCAAAUGAACUAUCAAUUACAAAACAAGUAUUGAUCAAUCAAAUUCGAAAUGAUAUAUCUAAUUUCUCGAAUUUAUUUGGAGUUAAGAAAUUCAAUAUGGAAAUUGUAGAAAUACUUAAAAAAAUGUUCGAUUAUAUUGCAACAACGAAUACCAAUCUACAAAAUUCUAUGCAAUCGAUCAUAAAUAAACAGGAACAAUUGAAAAAUUCCUAUAGUGAAAAAUUAAAAGACGAUGAAAAUGAAAUGAAUUCAAUAUUUUCUGAAACCUUGAUCGAUUCGGAAAAAAUAUUAGAUGAACAACAAGUAAAGGAACUGUCAUUUUUUGCUGUUCAAUCUUUAAUAACUAUGCUAUUGAUGUUACUCAAAUCAGUGCAUAAAUCUGAUUCUACUAUUGUUCAUCAAAUGCUCAAUUUGACAAAUCAACUUGUUGAACAAAUUCCAUUGAACUGUCUUUCAUCCGAUGUUUACAAACGAUCACACAAUUUAUUUAAAUCUGUAAAACCAUUAACCGACUAUUGCCAAGAAUUAUCAAUACAAACUGAUAUUGAUCCAAUUGCAGCAAAUCAAUCAAUUAAAAUUUUAUUUCAUUUUUCUGUCAUGAAGGCAUCAUUCAAAGAUAUUCUACCAUUAAUAAGAAAAUUAAUUUUCAAUACGAAUGAUAUUUUUGAUAUAAGAAAAUUACUUGUUAAAUUGAACAAACAUCUAACGAUGACGUUAGAUCGAUUUCAAAAAGAAAAUCAAACAUCAUCUAUAACAACAACUAUACCACAAAAUAGUACUACAGAUAACAAUGUCACAACACAAGUUCAAAAUAGAACUGAAGCAGUAUUACCAACUGAAAAAGCAUUGGAUAUUGAACAGAAACUUUUGGCUGCUAUAGAAUAUCUUAAAUUAAUUGAAGCAUAUCCAAAUACACAAUUGAUAACAAUAAAUAAAAAGAAAUUCACUGGUCAAUUCAUAUGUUCAAUAUUACUUGUUCAUAUUGAUUUACAUAAUCAAUUUCAUGCAAAAUCAAAAUUCGAACGUGGUUCUAUAAAUGGAUCAUUUUCAUUUGAACUAGAAGCUGAAACAUUUAAAUAUCUAUUUGAAAUAAUCGAACAAUUAACAAUAGUAAUAGAAACAUCAUCCAAUACGAAUCUUGAAUACAUUUUGAACAUUUGUUUAAGAUUAUUCACAACACAUUUACAAUUUUUAAUAAGUGCAAACUUCGAUAAUUUUCAUGAUUUUUUGAAUGAAAAUGACAUUGAAAAAUGGUUCACAUUGAUAUCUAAAUUAGCUCUUGAUGAUAACUUAGAAGAGAGAAAAAAAGAAGCUUCACAAGCAUUGACCUAUUUGAUCGAAAAACAAACAUUACCAUUUGGUGAAAUGUUAACGUUCAUUCAUAAGCAUAUCAUUGAAAAUCGACAUCCGAUAUUAAUUGAUCAAUUAUUAAAUAAACUAAAUCAACAAGUAUUUAUAUAUGAAUGGAUUGAAAUUCUUUGUGAUAAUCAACAUACACAAGACAGAACAUUAGCAUACACAGUCUUACAUUCAUUCAUUGAUAUUGUCUUAAAAUCAACUUUCGUAGACAUUGAAAAAGUUAAUCGUUUACGUGAAAUUAUAAUUAUGUUUCAAGAAUUACUUUUAGUUUAUUUAAAUAAUCAACCAGUCGAUAUAUCCGAUGAACUUAAACCAUCUGCUCUAUCAACACUUGGUAUAGAAUAUACGACACAUAUCAUCAAAUCUUGUCUUCAACAAGAAAUUCAAAGUAUUUUAUUCGAACCACUUCUUCUUGGUCUAUGUACUCUUACUGAAUCAAAAUUUAACUUUGCUAUCAUACAACCAAUUUUUGCUGCUGUCAUGCCUUUAUUUGCUAAAUAUAUUAUACAAACAAAAAUCGAUGUUGAAAAUAAAACAAAUUAUUUAAUUUCAUGGUUAUUAGGAAAGAUGAGUCAUCGAUUAAUUGUUGGUCCACCACAGAGUCCAUUAGAAAAAAAAUAUAAUAAAACAUUGAAAUUACCAUUAUUUUCUGGUGGAUAUGAAACUCUAACAACAGAUGUAAAUCCAUAUCUAUCGAAUUUAUUCAAAUCUAAUUUAACUAUUCAUAGUCGAUUUAUUUUGCCUUUACGACGACAACAAUCAAUAUUAGACAAUGAUUUCUUAAUUUCAAUCUAUCAUAAUACUGGUCCAGGUGCAAAAUUAAUAUCAAAAAUGAAGUUAUUCAUUCGAAAUAAACAACAUAUCUUACAAAAAUCAAUUGAAAUCAUUGCUAAUGAUGCUUGUGCUGCAAUAUUUGCCGUUUACAUAAAACAUUAUCGUCGUAUUGAUCUAGCUCAACAUGAAUUAACUCAACCAAUUGAACAAAAACCGCAUGCUAAACUUCUCAUACUCUAUGAAUAUGCUAAUGAAGUACGAAGAAUUUUUGCAACGACAAAAGCUCGUGGUGGUGAUUGUGAUGAACUUUAUAAAAGAAUUAAAAAAGAUGCAUUAUUAUUACUUGUAUCGAUUCGAGAAAGUUCUUUCAUUGCAAAAAUUAAAGAAGAUUACUCAUUACCAAUUAUUACUACGAAAAAAUUUCAUUUACAACGACAACAAUCACAUUGGACAAAAGCAAAAUGUAUCAUUCAAUUAAUUCGUAAUACAUUAAAUGCUUGUAUAAGAUUAAAAAAUUUAAUGUUAGAAAAAAAGCGAGCCGCUGAAGACAAGAAAGAUAGUGAAAGUAUUAUGCAUCGAGCUAUUACAACGUGUCUCUAUGAAAAUGAAAAAGGAAAAAUUGAAUCCGAUGAAAUUGUUAAAUGUCUUACACGACAAUAUCAACGUGCUAUGACUAGAUUAAUUACUUAUCGAUUUGUUGAACAAUUAAUUAUGACUAGUAAAGAUACGAAUCAAAUUCUGACUAUUUUAUUUAUGACAUUAAAAGAUAAUAAUCUCGAUUGGCAUUAUCUUGAAAAUAUUCGAGCAUCAAAUAAUCAAUUGAAAGAAGAUAUUGGAAAACUCUAUUAUAAAAUUAUUAAACAUAUAAUAUCCAUGUCAACAGAAUCUAAUAUGAAAACAUUGUUCAUAUUACGUAUGUUUAAUCUUAUAAAUUUAAACUAUGAUUCAAUGGAUUUAUGUCUUUUGAAUCAUUUUCAAUUUAUUCAAGAACUAUUCAAUCCAUUUAUUAGCGUAAUGAAAAUAGGCGAUACGAAAAGUGUUGAUUCAAUGAAUUUGAAUUUUACAGCAUUCGAUUGGUUUCGUUUAGUUUUAUUACAAUUAUGUGAAAAUAUUGAAUUAGAGCAAUUACGAGAUCUGCAUUUCGGCAAUCGAAAAUUUCAUCAUAUCUUACAAGAACAAUGUGGUUUAAUUUUUAAUAAAUUAAUUUUAACUGAACUCAAACAAUUACAACAAAACAAAUUGACAUUUGAAAACAAAUACGAAGAUUCAUCAUUGAAAAAUAUUUCAUUUCGUUCUUUGGUUGUAUCAUCGAAAUUUAAUGUUGACGUUUGUAUACAACAAUAUUUAAUGCUUUUACUUCGUUGUAUUCAUUUAUAUGAUUAUAUUCGAUUGAAUUAUGCUACGAUGGAUUAUAUUGAACAAUUAUACAAUUUAUAUGAUACAAGUCAAUCUCUUCGCAUUCGUCUGCUAACAUUAAAAAUUCUACGUGAUCUAUUGGUAUGCUUACCCGACGAUACCAAUGGAAUAAUGAAUAAAUCUUUUAUUGAAAAUCUAUUAACGAAAAUUUUGUUUCUAAUUGGACAGAAUUUUAAUUUAUUAGAAACUGAAAAAACAGAUCUUGAUAUUAUCAUUGAAUUUAUCUACAUCUAUCGUACAAUUAUGUCACAGAAUUCACCGUGGCAAAAACUUGCUAUUGAAAUGCUUGUCGAUGCAAUAAAAUCCUGUAUGAAUUUCAAUUUUAAAUCAUUAGAAACAGUUGAAUUAAAACAAAUGAAUGUUUUUCUUGCAUCCAUAUGUAUCUUAGGUGGUUAUGUUCAACCAUUUUGUUUGGGUUCAACUGUAGGAAUCUAUUCAUCUGAUACAACUAUAGAUGAAUUAGAAUAUGCAGUUAUAAUUGAAGUUAAUGUGAAUGCUUCUGAAUCAGAUUCAUCCGAUGUUAAACCUUAUCUGGUACAAUAUGUAUCUACAAACCAAACUGAAUGGCUUUCAUCGAAUCAAAUACAUAUCAUUGUUGAUGUUCAAACACCGAAUCUUGCACUUUUACCAAACGAUAAUACAGUUCAUACUAUUCUUGAUACAUUAGGAUUUCUUGUACAAAUUGAUACAUUAACAAUUGAUUCAUUAAUAUUAUUAGAUAUAAAAUGUCGUGCUGUCAAAACAUUACACGAUAUAUUGAAUUAUAAACAGGUUAUUGAAAUUUUCAUGCAAAAAUCUUAUGCAUCAAUAAUUGCUAAACUAUCGAGUUGGAUGGAACAUCUUAAUUCAAUUCGUAGUGUAAUACCAAACGAUUUGCGUUUGUUCAAUCGAUUACAUUUAGAACAGUAUUAUCUAAGUUUAGAUAGAUAUGCAAGAGAAAAUUCAGUAAUUGAAAACAAACUUGACAAUAUUCCUAAUGAAAAUGAACAAAAACAAAAGAAAUUUAUUCGUGAUCCCAUUAUUCUACAAUAUCUAUCUGAAGAAAGUUCGACAAAUAUAAACUGGAAACCGAUUGCAUCAAAGAUUGAGAUAAAAUCCUACAAAAAUGGUCGAUUAGGAAAUGAUGAUAUUCACAUUGUUCCUGUGCCUCCCAGUAAUGAUCUAUCGAUUAUAGAAGAAUGUGGUAUUAAACAUAAAUUCAAAGGACGAAUUAAUAUAACCGAUGAAACUGGAGAUAUUCGAUAUCGAACUUUCAUUCCUGAAGGCAUAGAAUUAAACGAAGGAAAAUGGUAUUUUUGCAUUAAACUUCCUCUGGGUGGUGAAGCAAAUAUUGGUUGGGCAACCAAAGGUUUUAAUCCAUCAUUAAAGAAUAGUUACGGCGUUGGUGAUGAUUAUUUUUCAUGGGGUUGUAAUGGAGAACGCGCAGUAUACGAUCGCAAACAGCGUAGCUAUUUUUUUUCUGACGAUUCUUGGGAUGAAGACGAUGUAUGUGGUUGUGGUAUUGAUAUCGAUGGUACAAAUACGACUAUUAAAUACUGGUUAAAUGGUAAAUUUCUUGGUACGUUAUUUUCAUAUAAUGAAAAUAAGACAGUUGAAUCAGUAGUUAAAACAAAUUUAUUACCAAAUGGAAUUUUUUCUAGUUAUUUUCCUGCUGUUACUGUUAAAGUCUAUGACAAUGUGGCUGAUACAGGGGUCUUUGAAUUUAUAUUUAGUCCAGAAGAUAUGAUAGAAUGUCCUUUACCAAAUGGAUACAAACCAUUAUUGAUGCCAAAACUAUUGACCAUGGAAAAUGUAUUAGUAGCAUAUCCUUAUAGUGCAUAUCUUAUUGGUAAUGAUAUUCAAGAAUAUUUCUAUACGAAUCGUUGUUCAAAGAAUGAUUCCACUGAUGAGAAAAUUCAUUUGCUACGUGAUUUUGUCAAUAAUCAACAUCUUGAAGUUUCAUUCGAUGUUAAGAUGAUAACAACAGAUAAUCAUCUAUUGAAACUAUCCGAAGAGAAUCAUGGCUUCCCAUUGUCACUUGAUAAUCAUCAAUCAUUAACUAUUAGUUUUGAUUUUGAACUUUCCAAGACAGAAAAUUGUCCUGAUGAACUGAAUGUUGUCUUGUUUACGUUAGACGAUGCAACGUUUUCUAUGUGUAUCUGUAUGAAUGACGAUUUCACCGAUGAAACUAUGGUAAAACGACAACGUGUUGCUAUUCUAUUUGAAAUAAAUGAACAAACAAAAGUCUACAUUAACAAUAAGUUUCAAACAUUAAAUUAUUGUCACAAUUAUGAUUCGCAAAUAAAUACAAAAUUGAAUCUACAACUUUUACCAUAUAUAAAUGCUGGAAUUCAAAAUUUAGGCAUAUGGACAUAUAUAUUGUCGGAAGAGUAUAUUCAACGUCUUUUUACAUAUGGUCUCUCGUUUGUUGCUAUCGAUUAUCAGCAAUUAAAAAACUAUCAAAGACAAAUAAAUACAAUUCAAUUCAAAGCAGAACAAAAAUAUUUCACAAAUGAAAUACUCGUUCCAUUUAAUGGACCAUUUAAGUCCGACCUAUGGAAAAAAAGACAAGAGUCGAUUGAUCAUGAUGAAUCGAAUUAUUUUAAGACUAUUCCAAAUACUAAUCAAUCUGUUGUACAACUCUUUGGAAAUAACACUUAUGUAGUUUUAAGUACUUCAAACCAAGUAUGGUUAGAAUAUACAUUGAUUCUUGAUAUUUUCAUACCGAAUUUUCCAUCAGUGAAUGACCUAUCGGAUGACAAAGCUCAAUUAACAUUAUUGAAUGUGAACGAUGAAUCAAAAAUCUUUGUAACACAUGAUGGUCACCUUUACGUAACAGAAGGACGUCAAAGUUCAUCAACUAUAAGAUUACGAGAAUAUAUUCGUUUACUUAUUUCUGUUCAACAAAACUCGAUUCAUAUCUAUGUUAAUGGUUCGUUAGAACUCAAUACAUCAAUUACCGAAGGUAAAUUCGCAACAAACUUAAAACGUAUUGAUCUUUUUCGAGAGUUAGAUUUAACUAAAAACACAAUUAAUGACGAUCAACUACGUAUUGAAUGUCGAUCGAUAACAUAUUUAAAUCGAUCAAUGCCAACACUUUCUUCAUCAAUGAAGAACUUACUUCAAUCAACUGAAUAUUCCUUAGAUGAAUUAGUUGCACCUUCGUUUAAUAUUCUGUCGACACAUCUUAUCGGUAUUGGUUACAAAGAACAAUUGCUCAAAUUUGUGAUGAAAAAAUAUAAGACGACAAAUAUUUAUUUAAUCGAUAAGAUUCUCCGAGAAGAAAAUCAAACUAUAGAAAAUAUAUGCCAACAAGAACAGCAACAAAAAAGACUUAAUGUUUUAAAACGAUUGAAUUCAUAUGAUGAAACUGAAAUAUUGCCUAUGUUAAUAGAUAUUGAUGUGAUGCCAAAUGAUUUAUCAUUAUCGACAUUGACAUCCGAAAUAGACAACGGUGAUGAUGAAAAUAUUCCAGUGAAUAAAAAUUGGUUUUAUAAAAUCGCUCGUUCUGUCGGCAUUCGUGAUAAACUAGAUGAUUGGAUUCGAAAUAAAGAAACCAUUAAUCAAUUAACAGUUGGAUACCUUGAAUAUAAACUUCCUGAUUUAACAAAAAUAGAUUCCGAUGAAAUAGAAUUUACUGAUAAAUUCAAGAAAACGCUGGCAAAAUCGUCACAUUAUGUACAUCAAGAACUGCCAUGCAAAACCUAUAUUCAUUCACGUACAACAUGCACAUAUGGACUAAUAACAAUCCAUGCACGACAUACAAUAAUGAAUAUAUUAAAAGUCUGGUAUAAUAAUGAUCAAUCAAAUUUAUUUCCACUUUCGAAAUUUGGUGAUGGAAAUUUUAUCGUUCAAUUAAUACAGUUCAUGGAUCAUCAUCAUACGCACUCAGGAAUUGAUUGGUCAUCAUUUAUGAAAGAUUUAUCAAUGGGUCUCGAUUUAAUCAAUAUUUUAAUAAAUAAAAUAAAACCUUGUCAAUGGUCUGAACUAUUUUUUACUGAAUCAAAAGAAAUUCUAGGCGAAAAACUUGCAUUGACGAAAGAAAUGAUUGAGACAGUCCAUAUUCAUUUUAACAGAACAGCUGACGAACAAGUGAUGAAGUUUAUGAAUCAAAAUAUCGAUCUCAACGAGGAUGAAUCAUCAAAUGAAUCUAUUAUCAAUUUCAUCGAUAAUCUACCAGCUGAUUCAAUUCCAAAUUCGACCAAAUAUGCUUCAUUUACUUACUUAUGUAAUAUGCCAUCAGCAUAUAUACAAACACGUGUAAAACUUCUCUAUUUUUUCAAUGUUCUGCUCAGAAAAACUUUGUCACUUACAAAUCUCAUCUUACCAUCGGGCAUAGGCUUUAUUGUCGAUCGAAUUCGAUCUGCUCGGCAUUAUAUAUUAUUUGAAACAAAAUUUAGAAAAUUCAAUGCAGCUUUGAUUAAAACUAAAGAUAGUUCAGAUUCAUCGGAAGUAGAAAUAAAAUUUGAUAUUGUGAAAGCUAGUGUAGCUGAACGUUUUGAAGAUACCAUGUUUUAUCAAGUAUAUGAACAAAUACAUUCUAAUGCAUCUCGAAUAUUUCGACGAUCGGCUGAUGAACAUGUCUGGAAAGCAGUCUAUGUUGGCAUGUUUAGCUAUGAUCAAGGUGGACCUUAUCGAGAUUCGGUAACACGAAUAUGUGCCGAUUUAUGUAGUACACGAUUACCAUUAUUCAUUCUUUGUCCGAAUGGACGAACAAAUAAUGGUUCGAAUCGUGAUCGAUGGAUUCCGAAUGUUUUUCCACCGAAUCGAUCCAUACCAAUCAAUAUUAAAAAUCAAUAUCGUUUUGUUGGACAACUUAUGGGCAUGGCAAUGCGUACGAAACACUACCUUGAUGUUCGAUUUCCAACAUUGCUCUGGAAACAACUCGUACAAGAAGAAGUUACAAUUGAAGAUAUUGAAGCUAUUGAUAUUUCAAGUUUUGCAAUUAUCAAUGAAAUGGAAGAAAAUAUUCGAAAAAUAAAAGAUAUGAAUGAAUCUGACAAUAGUGAUGUCAACAAGAAUUGUGACUAUUUACUUAGCAGUAUUAUGACUGAACUUAAAUUUGAUGUCGUUAGUUCGGCAGGACAAACUUAUGAACUUAUUCCAGGUGGUUUUCACAUACCAAUAACUGUUGCCAAUUUCGAAGAUUAUUGUAUUCGUUAUCGUCAAUAUCGUAUUAAGGAAUUUCAUCGACAAAUUGAAUUUAUUCGUCAAGGUUUAUAUAGUGUCGUACCAUGGGCCUGUUUAACUUUAUUCACAGCUCACGAAUUAGAAGAAGCUAUUUGUGGUAAAGGUCAUACUGAUAUUGAAAUGCUCAAACGUCAUACAGAUUAUGAUGAAGAUGAUGAAUCUUCACCGCGUAUUCAGAAAUUUUGGUCAGUUUUAAGUGAAAUGUUUAGUGAAGAACAGAAAAAAUUGUUUUUAAUAUUCGUUUGGGGACGAAGUACAUUGCCAUAUAGAGAUGAUGAUUUUUCGACGAACUUUCUGAUAACACAUCUUGAACCAGAUGAUAAUGUUGAUGAAGCUCUACCCCGACGAUCAUAA